AUGCCGGUCGUAAAGGGUGGAGUGUGGACUAAUAUCGAGGACGAAAUCCUGAAAGCAGCUGUCUCGAAAUAUGGUCUGAAUCAAUGGGCGCGAGUCUCAUCACUUCUCGCUCGAAAGACACCAAAGCAAUGCAAGGCUCGAUGGAUAGAAUGGCUGGAUCCAGCUAUUCGAAAGAUCGAAUGGUCAAAGGAGGAGGAUGAGAAGCUGUUACAUCUGGCAAAGUUGAUGCCUACACAGUGGAGGACUAUUGCACCUAUUGUUGGGCGAACUGCAACACAAUGUCUGGAUCGAUACUCGCGCUUGUUGGACGAGGCUGAGGCACGAGAGCACGAUGAAUUGGCUCUCCAGGGUCAAGAGGGUGGUGAAACUGCUGCACCGACUGGGGACGAUGUGCGCAAAUUGAGACCAGGUGAGCUGGAUCCAGAUCCUGAAACGAAGCCUGCGAGACCAGAUACAAUUGACAUGGACGAGGACGAGAAGGAGAUGCUGUCCGAGGCCAGAGCUCGAUUGGCGAACACACAGGGGAAGAAGGCCAAAAGGAAAGCUAGAGAGCGACAGCUGGAAGAGUCAAGAAGACUGGCUGUGCUACAGAAACGUCGAGAGCUGAAGAACGCUGGUGUCAACAUCAAGAUUACCCACAAGAAGAAAGGUCAGAUGGAUUACAAUGCUGAUAUCCCAUUCGAGAAAGCUCCGGCAGCUGGCUUCCACGAUACCUUGGACGAACAGGAGCAGAAUGAGAAAGAGAAAGGAGAUUUCGACCCCCGAAAGCAACAAUUGGCUCGCAAACGACAAGGCGACCCCGACGAUAACCAAGACAGCAAGCGUCAGAAACAAGACAAAGGUUCCGAUGAGGCUGCAAAAGCUGCGGCAAGAGCUGCUCAACUGCAAAGAAUGCGCGAGGCAGAGCAGAGAUCAAAGCGUCGAGCCCUCAACCUUCCAGCACCACAGGUCAGCGACGCCGAGCUCGAAGAUAUUGUCAAGAUGGGCGUAGCUGGUGAUAGAGCAUCCAGGGCUGCGGGUGACGAGGAUGGUAGUGGUGGAUUGUCCUCGCGGUACACAAACAUGGUCGGCUCAACCCCUUUACGGACACCCAUGGCACCACCCCAAGAAGAUCGUAUAGCAAACUCGAUACGUGAUAUUCAAGCGUUGACUAAUACACAAUCUUCACUUCUUGGGGGCGAGAAUACACCUCUCCACGUUGGUGCUGGUUCCACUGGCUUUCAGGGUGCCGCACCUACCAAAUCCCAGCUACACACGCCCAAUCCACUAGCGACGCCUUUCCGUCAACAAGGAGUCGGUCCUGGUGCUACUCCACUACGAACACCUAGAGACAACCUUUUGAUCAAUUCUUCCUCGAAUGCAGCCAUCAAAGCCUCCCUACGUGCCAGGCUCGCUUCCUUACCAAGACCAAAAGCUACUGAAUUCGAACUCGAACUACCAGAAGAACAAGCUGAGCCAAUUGAGCCGACAGCUUCAGAUCGUGAAGACCAAGAAGAGAUCGAUCGACGAGUUCGUGAAGCUGAAGAUGCAAGACAAGCUGCCGAGUUCAAGAGGCAGACACAAGCUGUUCAGCGCAACUUACCACGUCCGCGCACUGUCAACCAUAAUGCCCUGUUGCAGAGUGCAAAAGCCAUUGAAGACCCAAUACGCAGUACCAUAGCUCAAGAAGCCGCCACUCUCAUGGCCUACGAUGCCUUCUCUAGACCUCUCCCCGGAAUCCGGCAAUCUCCUUCAACAGCAAUACAACUCGACCUAAUACCAGACGAUUACCUCGCAUCCGCUCGCGAAGCAAUCGCAGCCGAAGCCGAAACAGACCAAGCCCUCAGGGCUUUCUACGACGACUACUUCACAUCCCUCAACAACGUCCCAACCCGAGACCAACUUCCCACCAUCCUCGCCUCCCACACAACCACCACAUCUCUCCUGCCCUUCCACACCUUCGCCACAGAAUCUCUCCUCUCCCUCGCCGAUCCCCUCAACAAGCGCGAGCAAAAACUCAAAGUCUUGCUUGGCGGCUACAUGGCUCGGCAAAAAGCGCUUAAGAAAAAAGUUGGUGAUACGCAUAAAUCACUCCUCGAGGAAAGGGAGAGGUUACGGGCGUUCGAGGACUUGAGGAUUGCUGAAGAGGCGGGGUUGAAGAGUCGGUUGGAGAAGUUGAGGGAGGAGGUUGGUGGUGUUGUGAGGAGAGAGCGGGAGGUUCAGGAUGAGUAUAGGGAGGUUAGGGAUAGGUUGGCGGAGGUUAAUGGUAGGGCGAAUGGGGUUAAUGGACACGUAUAG